AUGCAUUACUUGUCGGUUGCUGCUAUGACUCUGGUUGCUACGUUUGUAGCUCCAGUGGCUGCUGCCUCUCGAUGUGGUCCAGGUCGAGGUGUUUGCCCAGGUCGUAAAUGCUGUUCUGCUAGAGGAUUUUGUGCUAUCACGGCCAAGCAUUGUGGUGUUGGAUGCCAAACGCCAUUCGGAUAUUGUUUCGAUCAUCCAGAUAGACAAAGAAGACACAAAAAGCCAGGAUCAAAGCUUAGUUCAACUAGACCAACUUCCAAAAAACCUGCAGCCAAAAAAUCUACGGUCAAGAAAUCUGCUGCCAAGAAACCUGCAGCCAAGAAAUCUGCUGCCAAGAAAUCUGCUGCACGGAGACCUGCUACCUCAUUAGUGGCCGGACCUAGUGCCAAUUCUAGACAAACGCGUCGUCAUGUUGGACCUCGAUGUGGUCCAGGAUUUCCCAUGUGUGCCAAUGGUGGAUGCUGCUCAUCACAAAAUGUAUGUGGAUUAGAAACGGACAUGUGCGAAGCGGGAUGUCAAUCUCAAUACGGCGAGUGCAUGCCAGGACCAUAUAGAGCUAUACCAAAGUCGGUCAAUCAUCAAAGUAGCAGAAUGAGACUUCGCAACCGUCCAUGCACCAAUCCAUCUAUCCGAAGGGAAUUCCGCGAACUUACUCAACGACAACGAGCAGAUUAUAUUAGAGCAAUUCGUUGUCUUCAAACAACACCCUCUACGUAUAAUCGUGAAUAUGGUAGCCUGUCACUUUUUUCGGAUUUGAUGUUCACUCACUACAUUUCCUUCGAAUUCGCCCAUCACACCGCCAUGUUUCUACCAUGGCAUCGUGUGUUUAUGCAAACUUUUGAGGAUCUCAUGCGUGAUAGAUGCGGUUACAAAGGCUCUAUGGCAUACUGGGACUGGUCACUUGAUUCCCAGGCACCUGAACGAUCAGAAGUAUGGAGUCCCAAUUUUAUGGGCGGAAAUGGUGACCCAGUAACUAAAUGCGUUACUAAUGGUCCGUUUGCUGGCGUCAGGACGCAAACCCAUCAAUGCAUUCGUCGUGAUUUUGUACUUUCCGAAAACAUGUAUUCCAGUUACUACCCUCCCAGUGUUAUCGCUUCUACAUUAAUGAUAACCAGUUUUUUGGAAUUCAGUUACGCUAUUGAGCAAAGAAUUCACAAUCUCCUGCAUUAUGCAGUUGGUGGUGAUAUGCACGACUCUACCAUAAGUUCUAAUGAUCCCAUUUUUUUCCUUCAUCAUACCAAUAUUGAUCGUCUCUACUCUAAAUGGCAAGACAUGCAUCCCCAUCAAAAGUAUGAGUACUCGGGAAAGAGGACCAAAGAAUCGACGUAUUCAAAUGCACGCACCACCGAUCAUAUUCGCAUGUGGGGUAUGGGUCCAGAUCACCAAGUCAAGGAUGUUCUUAACACUAUGGGUGGUGGUAGAAUGUGCUAUAGAUACUCCAAUUCAGUCGUAUUAAGACCAUUACACUUGAGAAAACGAUCACCAGUUCCUGUUGGCACUUCGUCAGAUGAAACUGUGCCGAUUGAAAGAUCGGGAAUUCCAGUAUCUGGAGAAGGGAAAGUAGAAGUUCGUGUCAAAAGGUUGAAAAAGGGACAGAUUCUUCCAACUACCGAUAGAAAGGAUCAAUUCCACCUUCGGGCUCCUGUUACUCUACCGGAUGGCUAUUAUACCAAAAUGAAAGUCGGUCAAAAAGAAAUGAGGAAUAUACACAGAACAGGCAAAAAAAUUGACCAAACAAUUUGUGCACUCAAUGACCUUACAGAUUCUGGGAAAUAUAUAUCGCCAUCUGCUUUGGCGAUGUCACAGAGCAGUAGUUUUGGCUAUUUUCCAGCAACUAAUGAAGAGGCAAAGGUGCGAGAUGAUAUUCUAACAUCAGCAGUCGAAACAGUCCAAACUCGAAUUGGAAGUAUAUGGACCACAGACAAAUAA